GGAGACUCCCACGCAGAUUCCCAGCGCAUUCCUCAGAACGUUUAGAGGAUUUUGUCUUCAGACGCUCAUUCUGACACUUACAAGGAGUGAGGACUGAACGCACUAACAGGCAUUAUGGAGGAGAGCAGAGGGGGAGACACUCCUAAUGGGCCAGCUGCGGACUCUCACAGAGAGUCUCAGCCCAGUAGACAAGUGCCCAGAGAGAAAUGGGCCAACAAGACUGAAUUCUUACUGUCAAUGGCUGGAGAGAUCAUAGGCCUGGGCAACAUGUGGCGCUUCCCUUACCUGUGCUACAAAAAUGGAGGAGGUGUAUUCUUCAUCCCUUACUUUGUCUUUCUCAUCUUCUGCGGCAUCCCUAUAUUUUUCCUGGAGACGGCUUUGGGCCAAUACACCAGUGAAGGAGGGAUCACAGCCUGGAGGAAGAUCUGUCCUAUGUUUGAAGGAGUUGGAGUUGCCUCUCAGGUUAUAGUGAUUUACCUGAACAUCUACUACAUUGUGAUUUUGGCCUGGGAUGUCUUCUACUUCUUCAACUGCUUCCGAAGCAGCCUGCCCUGGACCACCUGCGACCAUGUGUGGAACACAGACAAUUGCCAUACUUUCAACCGAAGCCUGCUGUCCUCAGGCCUGCACAGAUCAGACUCUGACUGGUCCUUCCUCUACAAUGUAACUGAUAGCUAUGGUAACGACAUCGACAGCAGCAAUUCCAGCUUCUCUGAAAUGCUACCAUAUGAAGUUAUUUCCCCAGAGGAGGAGUUCUGGCUUAAUCGUGUGCUGAGGGUAACCAGUGAUGGUUCCCUGGGCCUGCCACACUAUGAUCUAACAGGGUGUCUCCUGUUAGUCUGGACUAUCUGUUACUUCUGUAUCUGGAAAGGAGUGAAGGUCACUGGGAAGGUGGUGUAUUUCACAGCUGUAUUUCCAUACCUCAUGCUGCUGAUCCUGUUCUUCAGAGGGGUCACUCUCCCUGGUGCUGGACAGGGCAUCAUCUAUUACCUUUACCCUGACAUCUCCAAACUCGCCAACCCUGAGGUUUGGCGUGAUGCAGGCACCCAAGUGUUCUUUUCCUAUGCUGUGUGUCAAGGUGUCCUCACUGCACUGGGCAGCUAUAACAAAUACCACAACAACUGCUACAAAGACUGCAUAGCCCUCUGUGUUUUGAACAGUGGCACCAGUAUCUUCGCUGGCUUUGCUGUCUUUUCUAUCCUUGGCUACAUGUCUCACGAGCUGAGCUUGCCUAUGGAGACCAUAGUGAAAUCAGGUCCAGGCCUGGCUUUUAUAGCCUACCCCAAGGCCCUGUCUCUCUUACCAAGCCCUCAGUUAUGGUCUCUCCUUUUCUUCCUAAUGAUUCUCUUCCUAGGACUGGACAGUCAGUUUGUGUGUGUUGAAAGUCUGGCCACGGCGCUCACAGAUGUGUUCCCUGGAGUUCUGAGGAAACCAAGGCGCAGGGAGAUUUUGGUGCUGUUCAUCGCUGUGGUCUGCUUCUUGCUGGGCCUUCCUCUCGUCACUGGGGGUGGGAUCCACCUCUUUGUGCUCAUAGACACGUACGGUCCCAGCGGAACAAACUUGCUCUACAUCGCCUGCUUCGAAACCAUCGUCAUUGCCUGGGUGUACGGUGCGGACCGUUUCUAUGACAACAUCAAGGACAUGAUAGGAUACACUCCCAUGCCUGUGCUGAAGUAUUGCUGGCUCUUCAUCACCCCAUUAAUCUGCGGAGCCACGCUGCUGUAUGAUCUUAUUUUCAGUAGUCCAGUUAAUUCCGCCUUUCACUUUGGGCUGAGCUGGUGGUCCAUGUUAACUGUGCUGCUCACCCUCACUCCAAUGCUCUGUAUUCCUGCUUUUGUCCUGAUAUCUCUCAGAAGGGGUCCUGGUCAGAUCUCCCCAUCACCUGACCUGCAGCAGGCCAGCCCACACAAGCCUCGGCUGACACUGUGUAACGUAGUCAUCAUUAAGAGACAGAGGGUCCUCCACAGAGGGGGAGAUAAAGGCAGAGAGGCAGAGAAAGCCAUCACAGAGGACACUAAUGAAGUGUGAGAAGGAGGAGGACAUGGCCAGAGAGCCUCUCACCUCACCAUGUCAGCACCUCAGUGGAUUCAAGAAACCUCAAGACCAGCCUCACACCUGCCUAAAAUUCUCAUCCUAGAGCAGUGGACCGCACAAUAUUUAUAAGAGCGCAAACUCAACCUCGUCCUUGCCUACCUAUUAUUUUUAACAAACGUCUACAAUCUGUUAGUUUUAGCUAACCUUACAUUUUGAACGUUCCUAUAAACAGAUAAGGAGAUUUCAGGCAAAGCCUAGUCACUGAACUUAGCUUUUAUCACUAACAAUUUGUAUAUGAUAUCUAGACACUAAAAGGGCAUAAACUAAAACUUCUAUAUCGUAGCUGACCUUCUGGCUUAAAUCUUUUAUUUAUCAAUUAAGGUUGCUAUAACUAACUGAGCCAAAUUAGCAACUGGUCUCUAUCUAAUGCUAAACCCGUAGCCUCGAUGCUCUCAAGGACAUUGUAUUGCAAGGGACAAAUUACUUUUUUAUGACAAAGAUUUGGGCAGCAUAAUUUGCUUUACAUGUAAAUGUGUAUUUAAUUACUUUUUUGUUCAUUGUUUUAAAUUUUAUAAGAGUGUAUUUUAGAAAACAAUCAGAUAAAUGCCCACAUGCACAUUCAAGCAGACCCCUGUACUAGAUCCUAGAUCUGCUCUCCUUGUGCGACAUUCUUUUGGGCAUGUGAAGCAUUUGGCCUCAUCCAUCACUUAGCAUUUUUCAGAGGUUCUCUGUUGCUGAAGCUGAGAGCUCAUAUUUCAGGGUUUGACUUUGUUGCUGGUUAAUUUCACUCAUCGUUAAGAUGCAACUGCCAUUGUUUAUAUUCUCUCUUUUGGCUUUUGCCUCUACACUGUUAGCUCAUUUAACAUAUAUCUUGUAGUUAUAAUUAGAGAUGCACCUGAUAGGUGUUGAUACUAGUUGUGUUGGUGAAACAGGUGUCGUGAUUGUACAUUAAUGUCAUCUCAUGAGACUCAUGAGAUUGUCAGUUUGACACUUCAUCAAAAGACAGAAAUUAGCAUUGAAUGACAGUGAACCUAGACCGAGCAUAGCCAUUCGACUGAUGACAAAAAUUAUACAAAUGCAUAUUUAAGAUUUAUUUACAAAUAGCCAGCAAGUGUUACAGCUGUAAUAAGAGUUGGUAUUGAGAUACGUACAUAAUAUGAUAUGGUAUCAGAAUCAUUUCUGGCUGUAUACAACAGUAUCGGUGCUUACAUGUAAUAUUUUGAACAGGUAUGGGUUUUUUUUCUCUGCCGCACUGCAACAUUGUAAACAUUAAGUAUAACGUAAUUAUAGUAUUAUAAAUAUGUAUUUUUGUGGAGCUCAAGAGCUUGUUUAUUCUUUUCAGAACAAAAUGUAUUUUACUAUUAAAUUCAGACUUUUAUGUCACAGAAA